GAGCCACGCCCAGGGCCUCGCGCCCUCGCCCUCGGACAGCAGUUGCUCAGUCGGAUGCAGCGGGUUGGUAGCGGUCUCCCCAGCGGGAGCCAGGUGGCAUCCCGCUGUCCCAGCGUGGCCCUUGCCCAACAGAACCAGGUGGCCACACUGCCCGUACGGCUCCUGAGGGACGAUGUGGUGACUGCGCAGAACAACUUCCAUGCAGAGAAUGGCUUCCAGAUGAAGGUGGAUGCCUGUGGCUUUGCCCCGGAGGAGCUGGUGGUGCAAGUGGACGGCCAAUGUCUGAUGGUGACCGGCCAGAGGCAACUGGAGGGCUGCAGCCCAGAUGGGGCUGGCUACCGUGUGGCGCAGAGGGUGCAUCGGCAGAUCCAACUACCACCGGACCUGGAUCCCACUGCCGUGACCUGCAGCAUGACCCCCUCCGGCCAGCUGUGCGUCGGAGGCCAGUGCCAGGGCGCUGCCUUCCCAGGAAGCCCAAAAAGGCCCAUCCCCGAGACUCCGAGGCCAUGGCUCUAAGAAAGGUCAACCUACCCUGACCCAGUAAACAACAAUUCUAGUGUGCAGCAGCA